GGGGAUGCGCAUCCGGGUCGCGUUGUAGCCGCUGCCGUCGCUGCCGCCGCUGCUGCUGGUGCUGCCGCCGUCCCCGCCGCUGCUGCCACAACUGCCUCCGGGUCUUCCUCCGCCGCCGACGCCUAGUCCUCCCGCCCGGGCUGCCGCGGGGCCAGACGUGUCCUCAUGCCCCUGUCCCGCCGGGGGCCGCCGCCGCUGCCCGACUGUGUAGACUGCUAAGAAGACUUGCAAGCCAGUCACACAAGCAUAUUCCAGAAAAGUGGUACUCAUGGAAGAGGAACAGGAUUUACCAGAGCAGCCGGUGAAGAAAGCCAAGAUUCAAGAUUCGGGAGAGCAGACUUUGAGUCAAGUGAGCAACCCUGAGGGCAGUGAUCAGAAACCUGAAACUUCAAGCCUUGCUUCAAACCUUACCAUGUCAGAUGAAAUUAUGACAUGUGCCGAUUACAUCCCUCGAUCAUCAAAUGAUUAUACCUCACAGAUGUAUUCUGCAAAACCUUAUGCACACAUCCUCUCGGUCCCUGUAUCGGAGACUGCUUACUCUGGCCAGACUCAGUACCAGGCACUUCAGCAGUCCCAACCCUAUGCUGUCUACCCUCAGGCAACCCAAACCUAUGGACUACCUCCUUUUGGUGCAUUGUGGCCAGGUAUGAAACCUGAAAGUGGUUUAAUUCAGACUCCAGCUCCAAGUCAACACAGUGUUCUUACCUGCACUACAGGGCUAACCACAGGCCAGCCAAGCCCAGCACAUUACUCUUAUCCCAUUCAAGCUUCAAGUACCAAUGCCAGCCUGAUCUCCUCUUCAUCCACAAUUGCCAAUAUUCCAGCAUCAGCAGUUGCCAGCAUCUCAAACCAGGACUAUCCUACAUAUACCAUCCUUGGCCAGAGUCAGUACCAGGCAUGCUACCCCAGCUCCAGCUUUGGGGUCACAGGCCAAAGCAACAGUGACGCUGAGAAUACCACAUUAGCAGCAGCCACAUACCAGACUGAGAAGCCCACUGUCAUGGUGCCUGCCCCAGCAGUACAGAGACUUUCCUCUGGAGACCCUUCUUCGAGCCCAUCUCUGUCCCGCGGUACGCCAAGUAAGGACCCCGAAGAGCAAUCUAGGAAAAAUACGCCUGCCAAGAACCGGGGCAAGAGGAGAGCUGAUGCCACACCUGCCCCGGACAGUGAGCUGGAACGGGUGUUUCUCUGGGACUUGGAUGAAACCAUCAUCAUCUUCCAUUCUCUUCUCACAGGAUCCUAUGCCCAGAAGUAUGGAAAGGACCCAACAGUUGUGAUUGGCUCAGGUUUAACUAUGGAAGAGAUGAUCUUUGAGGUGGCUGACACACAUCUCUUUUUCAAUGACUUGGAGGAAUGUGACCAAGUGCAUGUGGAAGAUGUGGCUUCUGAUGACAAUGGGCAGGACUUAAGCAACUACAGUUUCUCAACGGAUGGCUUCAGCGGCGCAGGAGGCAGCGCGAGUCAUGGCUCCACUGUGGGUGUGCAGGGGGGAGUAGACUGGAUGAGGAAGCUGGCUUUCCGCUAUCGCAAAGUGAGAGAAAUCUAUGACAAACACAAAAGCAACGUGGGCGGUCUUCUCAGUCCCCAGAGAAAGGAAGCACUUCAGAGACUAAGAGCAGAAAUUGAAGUCUUAACUGAUUCCUGGCUGGGAACGGCACUAAAGUCUUUACUUCUCAUCCAGUCCAGAAAGAAUUGUGUGAAUGUCUUGAUCACCACCACACAGCUGGUACCUGCUCUGGCCAAGGUCCUCCUGUAUGGCCUGGGAGAAGUGUUCCCCAUCGAGAACAUCUACAGUGCUACUAAAAUAGGUAAGGAGAGCUGCUUUGAGAGAAUUGUGUCUCGAUUUGGCAAGAAAGUGACAUAUGUAGUGAUCGGAGAUGGACGGGAUGAGGAAAUUGCAGCCAAACAGCACAACAUGCCUUUCUGGCGGAUCACAAACCACGGAGACCUUGUGUCACUCCACCAAGCUCUGGAACUGGAUUUCCUGUAAGGAUGGGAGCUGAGGUGCCAGCCCCAGGAGCCCUUCUCCCUCCCCACAGUGGCUCCUCUCUCCUUGGGAAAGAUGUGAGCCCAGCCGAGCCCAGAGCAGGAAGGGACAGUUUGUUUUCUCCACGAGGGGGAUCCAUCCCAGGGCAGAGCCUGGUGCAGAAGCAGGAGGCGGAUGGAGAGGACGGCAGUCUCACCUUAGCUACAGUGAUUUCAUUCUUCUCUUUUUGUUUUCUUUUUAAAAAGAAAAAAAAUCCCUGAGGCAGAGUUGUGCUCCAGUGUAGUGUGUGAUGGGAAAACACAGUGCUAUGAACUUAGUGGUCACUAGGUUAGAAGCAGUAAGCUCUUGUGACAUCUCUGUCCUUUAUAGUCUGUUUAGCUAUUGAAUUUAUUCCCGGUGAAUGGAUGUGUUCUUUUUAUAGUUCGGGCUCUGGUCUCUGAAGCAGAUUUUCUCUUUGUCCCUUCUUCAUUAAGCCAAAAGUUGGGGGGCAGAAGGGUAGAUUUUCUUGGAAAAUCUGAAUGAAUGGUCUCUGAUCUCCAUUACCCAUGCCAGUAGCUUCUCCUUAGCUCCUUCCUGUUCUCCACCCUUGAGGUUGGUGGCCCCGACCUCCCUCCCCAUCCCCCCCAAGGUGUUCUGAAGCAUCUCUCAUUUGGGCCUGCCCCCUCCUACUGAGGUCAUGGCUUCACUGCUUUGUGAGCCCAGUGCAGGAGCUGGCCCUUAAGGAGAUACAUCAGGGGCACCCAGGCCUGUGCACUAAAAAGCACCCCCACAAGUGACCUUCUGUCAUUGUGACAUCUGUUCUAAAAAAUGUCCUCUGUCCCCUGUGCCUCCCUUGCCAAACGCGGGUAGAGUAGCCCUGGAUUCUUACCCCGCCACUCCCAGGGUGUUUGCCCAACACUCAGAUCUCCCAGGCAUCUCAGUGGCUGAGCCAGGCCAGAGAAACCAAAGAGAAGGCCCUGUGCCUCUUUGCACGUUCCCCGUCUCUGUGGUGUCCUGAUGCCCGCUCCUUUUCUCCCAGGCCCCCAAGCCUCGUCCCUUGUAGCCAGGCCACCAACCUCAGGCUAGGCCCACACUUCCAGGGCAACCCUGUCUGCGUGACCUACAGUGAACAGCUGGGGGGGACACAGCCCAGGCUCCUUUCCCUGUGUAGAUGAUGCUGCUGGGCCCUUGAACCUGAGGCAAGGACUUGGGCUUUCUCCAGUCGGCCCUGACUCGCAUGGGCUAGUCUUUGCUUCCUGCGGCUGAGCUUGUGGAUCCCAGGCAUGGCUGGUAGACUUGCAGCCAUCGGAGCUGUCGAUGCGACCUGAUUUUCCAUUGGCUCCCACUUUGAAACGGUAUCUUUGGGGCUCCCUGUGCCAUUCUGGAGACCCUGGAAAAUGGCAGCCAUGAGAGGAACAUCUCUCGUGGGCAGCAGCCCAUUCUGCCUCCUGAACUUCCCUAGCCUCAGCUGCCCUCAGCCUUGGCCUCUGGCUGGAGAGGAGACACAGCGAGGGCAGUCAGGAGGCUCUGCCUCUCUUCAGGGGGGCUGUAGUCUGCCGACCCAGAGGGAGGGACUGGGCCCUGCUUGAGGCCACCGAGCCAUGUGGAGGAGCAAGAAGCAGACAUGAGACCAUCCCUCGGAUCCUAACGCCCCGAGAAGCUGCUCCUUCCUCAUCCCUUAGAACUGGCAGAAGCACGUCCUUCAGACGCACCUUCUUGACUUGCAGAGCAACAUCAGGGAGAUGAGUCUCCCUUCUCUCUGGUCCCAAGCUUCUCUCACACCUACCCCUGAGGAUACUGUACCAUAGGCUGGGCAAGAGCUGUAGAGGAAUACACCCUCCAACUUUCCACUCACGUCAGCCCAUAGAAAGUUCUCCACACCUGUGACCUAGGGAGCCUAGAACCCUGGUUUUUUGUUCAUUUGUUUUUUUCCCCUCAGUACAGGGGCUGAAUCCAUUCCUGGCCAAUAGCUGGGUACAGGUUGUUCUCAGAUGAACUCUUAACUUUGUCAAGGGAGGAAGUUCUCUCAGGAGAAACACCCUGGAGGGCAACCAGGCUACUCUGGUCCCCUGGGCCCCCUACCCCCAAAGGGGAGGCCAGGAGGAAUCUGCCUCCACUUUACCAGUUUGCAGUGUUCUGCCUACACAGCACAUACUUCCCUUAUCUCCAAGAAUCUUUGGAAUGGAGAUGGCGAUGUUGGGCUGGGCCUAGUAGGGAUGGAGCUGAGGAAUGUUAUGAAUCCUUUAGUUUCCAAGAAAAUAGCCUAACGGAAUAUGCCUGAAACCCUUUGUAUUUGAGACAGUCCCUCAUGGAAUUAGCCAAGUAAUUGACACUUCCACCUGAGGAUGGGUCCAAAAACUCCCCCUGGUGAUCCGCAGCCACCAGGAGAGCCCCAGGGUCAUAGGGCUUACCUUUCUAACGUAAAACUGACCGUGCCUUAGUGUCCCCACAUCCAGAGCACUAACAGGGCCGUCUGUGUAUCCAUGAAACGGCCCCCAGGCUAGCCCAGAAGCCCACCUAGGGCUUCUACAAUGUGGGUGUUUUCAUGAGUUCGUUUUUUUCCUUCCUUCUCUGCUGAGGGAUAGGUGUAGAGGCUAUCUUUGCUCCAGGUACCAUUUACUCAGGUUGGUGGCAGAUUGCAUUUGAAUGGAAAUAUGGUGGCUAUGGGGCUCUUCCCUGCCCCAUCUACCACCAGCCAGAGUGACUGUGUGGCUGCUGCCAGUGCCUGGGGAGAGCUGCCAGGUAGAGACUGUGUGCAUACGUGACCGUCCCCCUUGUGCAGGAGCCGUGACAGGCAGAAGGCCACAGCCAGCUCUGGGAGGGGCAGGCUCACCAUGCAGAACUUCAAGCCCCUGAGACAGGUUUCCUUUCUCACCAUUCCUUGUUUCAUUAUUCAUUCAGAAGCUGAAGCAGGUCUCAAGCCACAGCAAAGAAAUUCAUGUCCUGACUGUGGGUGAGCUCAGUAGCAAUGUUCCAGUCCUCCCUUUGCUCCCUCUCAGAAAGAAGACUGGAAAACAAACUUCUUGGCUAGUCCCUACUGCACUGACAGGAAGCAUCCCCUUAAGGACUGAGUGAGUCUGCUCAAAACUGGAUUUUUCCCUCUGGACUUUCGAUGCCUCAAAGCAGAAAUGAACAUUGGAUUUGGAAUAUUUAUGUGACCGAGGGCAUUCAUGGCUGUAGAUUCCUUGACCAUAAUGUUAUAUGUAAUGGGAACUAUCUUAUAAACUUGAAAAAAAUAAAGUUUUUAUUUUCUAUA